CACGAGGAUGGGUCUGCAAUCUGCGAUAUGCUUUGUUGGAAUGUACUUGACGAUUUUGAAAAAUCCGUACAGUCCCGUUGUAGGGAAGACCACUACGCCAAACAACAAGACAGUGCAAGUCGGUUUCAUCUUAGAUGAAGGACUUCCUAGAGACAUCAAUGAAAGUAUAAAGAUUGCGUUAACGAUUUCAAACAUCAGCUGCAGUCGUUGUGAUGUACAAAUUGACUCGAUCACACUUACUAAUUCCAGCCAAAAAAUCUUUCUCAAUGGCACCAUUGUCGAGACAAACAUUAGCAAUAACUACAACGUCAGUCAAGUAGUUUGUAACCAACUGAAAGAAGCGUUCGCCAUUGUGUCAAUGGCGACGAAGGACUCGAUGGAAGUUUUCAACAGUUUUGGCCGUAUCCUUGAGUUACCAUUCAUAGUUGCCACGGGACCUCGUGUUCACCAGCACGAUGACGAAUACAGUUUAUUUAUGACCCCGUCCUAUAUUCCUGCUGUAGUGGAUUACAUACUACACAAUCAGUGGAAGAGGGUCCACUACAUGUACGACAGUGAUGAUGGUCUAUGGCGUAUGGAGGAACUAGCCAUGCUACACUGGAAACAUUCUGCAAGUUUUCAGGUUUCUUACCAUAGAAUUUCGAAUAACGACAUUUACGUGUACUCUGAAUUAUACCACAUGGACCGAAAGGGCCCCGGAUGCAACCAGAAAUUAUUUAUACUGGAUUUGGGAUCUACUGCUGCCACGAUGCGGUUGAUGAGAAUGAUGAUUGAUUCCGGAAUGAACAGAAAUGGAUAUAACAUUAUUAUCGGUGGUUUUAACAUUGAGGCGUACGAGGACUUUCUGAAUGAGAGGUUUCUUCAUGGUGGAGUUAACAUAACUGGUUUCAAAUUCCUGACGAAGACCCCCUCGGAUGAAAUAGCAUUUAUCCACGCACUCCAUAAAGAAAGAAACAUACCGAACAAUUAUUCCUUACCCGUAGAUGCAGCCUUACUCAUAGAUGGUGUGGCUCUUCUGUCAUCCGCCCUCCACAGCAUUAGGGACAACUUCAGAUCCAGGCGUGGAAUCAUCAGAAAAUGUAAAUAUUGUAAUACAGCAACAUUAGAAGACCUCUGUCCUGACAAUAUGGGCCCGACGUUACUUCAACAGCUAAAAAAGAUAAAAUUGGAAGGGUUAACUGGACACAUCGCCUUCAAUGAUAAAGGAUAUAGAAAAAAUUAUGGACUUCGACUAUUUGGUUUUGGUUUCCGAUCUCAUUUAAAGGAGAUUGGAAAUUGGACGACAACUUCAGGAAUCAAUUUGAAGAAACGGAAUAAUUAUCUAUCCAAGGCCGAUCGUCCGCUGAUCAUCGUUACAGUUGCAGAAAAACCAUUUUUCUACAAAACUGACAACGGGACGGAGGAGGGAUACAUUGUUGACCUUAUACGGCUUCUCAACCAAUCUGAUGUAUUUAGAAGACCAUUCGUAGUGCAAACACAGAAAAACAAAACUUAUGGUGAUAUGAUAAGAAAACUAGUAGAUGACGAGGCAGAUUUAGCUAUCGCUCCCAUAACAAUAACGAAAGAUCGCCAAAAAGUUGUAGAUUUUACGAAGCCUUUCAUGCGUACGGGACUCAGUCUCAUGAUCUAUAAGCCAGAGAAAAGAAAACCUGGCAUGUUUUCUUUUAAAGAACCUCUCCACAAGAAUGUUUGGUUGUGUAUCGCUGUUGGUUUCCUGACGACCAGUAUCAUACUCUUUCUGAUUGGGCGAUUUAGUCCUUUCGAGUGGUCCGAAAAUUCCGAGGAGGGUCCCUCAAGCGAUUUUAACAUGACAAAUUCUCUGUGGAGUUCCCUUGGAGCUCUUAUGCAACAAGGAUCAGAUAUAUCACCGAGAUCUUUUUCUGGACGUUGCGCAGAAAGCGCCUGGUGGUUUUUUACACUUAUUUUGGUCGCUUCUUAUACGGCAAACCUUGCUGCUUUCCUUACCGUUGAGAGCUUGGAUUUUAAGAUAAAGAACGUUGAUGACCUUGUAGCACAGACCAAGGUCAAAUAUGGCACCGUGGAGGGAGGGUCCUCCCAGGAUUUUUUCAUGAAUUCAAAAGUGGUAACAUAUGAGAAAAUGUGGAAUGUUAUGUCUCGUUACCUCAUGGAGAGUAAUGAGAAAGGGUACGAGAAGGUAAUGGAGGAGAAGGGGGAGUAUGCGUUCAUCUUAGAGGGAGUAUUUAAUGAUUAUCUCAGUCAGCAAAAACCGUGUAAAACAGUGUCAACUGGAGGACUCAUCAAUAGUAUUGACUAUGGUAUCGCUAUCAACAGAAAGCGUAGGAAAGACCUCGGAAAGAGGUUGAAUUUGGAAGUCUUGAAGCUUCGCGAGCUAGGUGAGCUGCUCAGGCUGGAGACCAGGUGGUGGGUCGAGAAAGGACGCUGUGGAGCAGGAACAGGGCAGGAUGGAGGAAAAAAGAGAUCGCUUACCCUUAGCAACGUGUCGGGAAUGUUUCACAUUUUAAUUGGUGGAUUAAUUAUCGCGAUGAUGACUUCUGUCAUAGAAUUCCUCAUACACAACCGGAUCAGGAAGCAGUGCUACAAAGUCAAGAGCGCCAAAACUUUACUGGAUGAACUUGGAAAAAAAAUAAACGGAAAAUGGGAGCCACAGGCUGUAGAAAAAGUUCACUGCGGGGAAGACACACCGCUCCGUCCAAGUCUGCUAGCAGGAGCUCAAGAAAAUAAAGGUUACCAGACGACAUCUCCAGCCAAACUGAUAAUCUUGGAAUCUUUCGAAAACGGUGAUACAUCUAUGACCGGGACAGCCAUUUGAAAACGGCCUGGGUGUGGUGCCGUUGUGAAUGGAUCGCCGUGUCAGGAACAAUUGACCCAACAGACGAUAUAAAGAGUGACAAUAACCUGUAAAGUGUGAAUAGCUUGAAAAUCGGGCUGUUUCACAAAACCAUUACCAUGGUUUCUAUCGAUGUAGGUGCUUAUUCUGGUUUUGAUUUCUGCGUCUUAUUUUAACGUCUUUGGGAUAAAAUAAGAUAUAUUAUUUACGUUUGUCUGACUAAUAACAUACAGACAAAACAGUACUUUAAACUCUUUAUCUAUCCUCUCUGAGGUCGUCAACUUUUUCACAUUUUCGACUACAUCUCUAGUUCCCUCUUAACCAAACAUUUCACAACGUAUUUCAUCCUCAUGUGACUUAUCAAUAUUAUGGUUGAAAGUGGGAAAAUGUCCACUCAAUAUAGUUUAAUUUAAUUGAUAACCAAAGAGCGUGUAUGUUGCCACUUUUCUUAAGAUGUCAAACAUACAAAAACAGGUCAAGAUCAGAAAAAUGACAACUUUUGAAAGUCAGCAGUUUAUAAAAACUGCUCAUCUAUAAAUAUGUAUUUUAUUGUGGAUAUUACGGAAAACAUUGUAUGAUACACAUACAGUAAAGGAAAUGCCUACUUAGUACUGAGUUAUUGCCCUUGACAACAUUUUUUAUGCCCCCGAGAUCGAAGAUGGGGGGCAUAUCGUUUUUGUCCUGUCUGUAAUUCUGUCUGAAACUUUAACCUUGCUAAUAACUUUUAAACAGUAUGUGGUAGAGCUUUGAUAUUUCACAUGAGUAUUCCUUGUGACAAGACCUUUCCGUGGGUACCAACAUUUUUGACCCUAUGACCUUGACCUUGGAGUUUGACCUACUUUUUGAAAACUUUAACCUUGCUAAUAAUUUUUUAACAGUAAGUGCUAGAGCUUUGAUAUUUCACAUGAGUAUUCCUUGUGACAAGACCUUUCCGUGGGUACCAACAUUUUUGAACCUGUGACCUUGACGUUUGACCUACUUUUUGAAAAUUUUAACCUUGCUUAUAACUUUUGAAUAGUAAGUGGUAGAGCUUUGAUAUUUCACAUGAGUGUUCCUUUGACAAGACCUUUCCGUUGGUACUAAACCUUUUGACCUUGACAUUUGGCCUACUUUUAAUUUUUUUUUUACAUUGGUCAUAACUUCUAAAUGGUAAAUAUUAGAGCUUUCAUAUUGUACAUGAGCAUUUCUUGUGACAAGAUCUUUCUACUGGUACCAAGAUAUUUGUCCUAGUGACUUUGGCCAUCUUCGGAAUUGGCCAUUAUCGGGGGCAUUUGUGUUUCACAAACAAAUCUUGUUUUUAUUAUAAAUAAUUGAUUAUCUAUGGAAAAUAUAAACACUAUCAAAUUUACCAAAUCUUUAUUUUAUCCAGUGAAUAAAAUUCCUCUGAAAGAUAUACUUCUAUCAUGCGCAAAGUUUAAUUUAGUAGAGAUAUUUGUAAAAACCUAACAUCACACGAGGAUUGGUCUACCUUAAAAGAAGGAUAUUCCAGCUUGUUCAAAUGAUGGCAAUAUGUUCCUUUCCAACAGGAGAUGGGAAAUGGGGUGGAUAUCAAUUUGUUUCUGAAGACUCGCUUGAACCAGGCUUCGGUUUAAUUAAAUGUUAAAGAUAUUACAGUCAAAUCAUGAGUAUAUGCACAUGUAUGGGCAAGGUGACUCAUGUGAGCGUUGUCUUCCAUGGGCCUCUUGUAUUUUCAAAAUCAGAAUGAAAAAAUUGUAUUCAUACAGAAUGUACUUAUUUCAUAUGAAAAAUAGUUUACCUUUUUUUUUUUUUUUAAAUCUUUUUCCUGCUUGUAAACAUGAAAUAGAACUUUUCCAUACUACCACAUCAUCUCUAUAAAUCUAUGUGAUAUACUGUUUUUGAAAUAAAUUCGAUGAAAUUAUUUCAAA